UAAGCAUACAGGAAGGUACAACGCAGCCAAGGCAGGCUAACAGGUGUUAACGUGAGCACAGAGGGCAAGCUGUCGCUGUACAUGGGUAAACAGUGGAGACAAAGCAGCCAUACAAGCAACAAUGGAGUGGGUUUUUUUUUUAUUUUUUAUAGGCUGGCCGAGUGUCAGGUAAAAAAGGCAGAGGAGCUCUCAGUGUCGGCUGUAGUUUAGUUGCCUGGAAGCCUGGAGCAGCAUAGGGAAGAAGCUACGACAGUGACCUGUAUCCUUCUGCUGCCCCCCUCCUUCAGGCACACGUACACACACGCACAGACUGAGGCGACCACUGGGGCGUCCGACCGACUCAGCCUUGCAAGGCCAUUUGAAACACAAGAUCUACUCCAGCACGCCAGACGUGACAUCAUGGCAUACAGGAAGGUGUGUGACGCCCAGGGUGGCCCACUGGUUGGUGAGGUUCUGCACUGCGCUGGAGGUCUGGAUCUGGACUGGGACCUGGACAAGGAGGAGCUGCAGGAGCCAGGACCCAGCAUGGACCGCAUGCAGAUGCAACACAUAGACUGCCAGAGAUCAGGGUGUUCAGACCCUGGCCCCGAUCCUGACCCUGAGCUGAUGGAACCUAUCCAGCCAUCAGUGUCAGUUUCACCACAUGGUCGGUUUGAACGACUGCAAGAAGAUCCCAACUACAUCUCCCACUUCACCAGGGCCCCUGCCCAUAAAGGCCAACGGCGACUCCACUGCUUCUUGCUCAGGUACUUUCUGGCAGCAGUGGGCCUUUUUGUCCUGGGUCUGCUGAUUGGCUGGUUCACUCACACACCUAACAUCAAACCACCUGUCCCCCCAUCCGAUAGCUCAGACCUGCUGGAGGAGCUGCUUAGAGGAAUCACUGCCGACAAGAUAAACACUCUGCAGAAGUCUUUCUCCAGCCUAUCAGAUGACAGCGAGGAAGCCAGAGCCAGGUACCUCUACAGGCAGUGGGUGGGACUUGGUUUGACCGACGUCCAUCUAUCCAAUCACACAGUCCUACUCAGCCUGCCUGGUUCCACACCCAACACCAUUACCGACAGGUCUAGUCACCAGUGUUUCCUGCCAAACGGUAUCCCCUGUGAUCAGCGUGGACCGAAUGACCUGCCGAGGCAGCAGUUCUCUUAUGCAGCCUACUCUGCUGUUGGAAGUGUGCAGGGAGAGGUGGUGGAUGUCCAGUAUGGCAGGGUGGAUGACCUGAGGCGAGCCAAGGACAGCCUGAACCUCACCAACCGGAUUGCAGUGGUCAAACUUGGCCAAGCACCUUUGCUGUACAAGCUGUCCCUGCUCUCAGAGCUGGGGUUUGGGGGCGUUCUGCUUUAUGUUGACCCCUGCGACGCUCCCCCCGGCCGCCCCACCUGGAAUCAAGCCUUCAGAGUCACACUCAACCCCGGAGGAAACCCUGCCAUCGCAGGGAUGUCAAGAGAGGCUGGAGGGAGUCUGACAUCUCUGUUGGUUCAGCCAAUCUCUGCCUUCCUGGCCAAGAAGAUUCUGUCCUCUCCAUCAGCAGCGCAAGGAGACACCUGCAUCCCUCUUUCCAUGCCUCCCAACACAGAGCGGAAGAAGAUUAUGCUGACGGUUGGAAGCCAGCUAUCCUACAAGAAAAUCUACAAUGUUGUGGGAUACCUGAAAGGAAGAAGGAACCCAGAUCGCUACGUGCUGGUUGGCAGCCGCCAUGACAGCGACCAGCUAGGCGGGGCUUCAGCCAUCAUGAAUCAGCUCAUCGCGGCGCUCACAGAGCAGACCAAACGAGGAUGGGUGCCAGACCGCACCACUGUGUUUUGCUCUUGGGGAGGCUCAGCCCUGGGAAACAUCGGCUCCUUCGAGUGGGGAAAGGAUAACCGCGUUGUCCUGCAGAGCAGCGCAGUGGCCUACGUGAGUCUGAACUCUCCAGUCAGAGGGACAGAGACUCUCAGAGCAAGUGCGUCCCCAACUCUGCUGCAACUCACCUCGGACAUACAGAGGAGACAGUUGCUGAGUUGCAUUCGUGGUGGGAACUGCCCCGGACCCAACGUCAGCUCGCUGCAGUUGCCUGGAGAUGUGAGUUUCUUCGCCAACCAACUGGCUGUGCCCACCGUGGAGUUUGCCUUUGAGCAGACCAAAGCAGAAGAGACCACCGGUUUCCUGUCAGAGGCCCAGUUUUCUGUGGAGGCGCCAGAAACCCUGGACCCACUUUUCAAGUUCCAUGAAACCAUUGCUAAGAUGACAGCAGAAGCCAUCCUCCGUCUGGUCAAUGACCCUGUGUUGCCGUUCUACCCUCUGGACAUUGUCCUGGAUGUACAAAACAAACUCAAAGAAAAAAGUGUGGUAUCUCCGUCCCUGCUGUCCUCGGCCACCUCUUUGAGAGACCAUGCAGCCUUCUUCCAGUCAGAAACUAUGCGGCCAGCCAAUGACCCUAAAGAGCGCGACCCCUCCCACGUGCGGAUGCUCAACGAUGUGCUCCGUGACCUGGAGAAGAGCUUCAUCAUCCCACAGACGCCACCUGGAGUGUACAGGAACCUGUUAUACAGCCUUCCAGGAAAGUCUUCAGAGUUUUCCGUCCUUAGGUUCUCCCAGGAGGCCGCCCUGCACUGCAACGUCACCAGCAAAUCAGUCCGACACAACUCCGCCGACAAGGAGGUGCUUUGCCACAGCACCAGGAACCAGUCUCUGUCGCUCAUCCUCAGGGCCAUCCAGUCAGCUGAGAGGCUGGUGUGUUUCGGCUUGGACUUGUUCGAAAAUUACCCAAGUGAGACCCUGUGAUCUCGCCUGACAGGGACCCAUCAAUAAGCUUGGUUGCACUCAACAGCAACAACGACCACUGAUUGAGUCAAUGUAAUUCAUAUAGAUCAGGAAUAUUAAACCACGACUGAGCCCCUGACAGACCUCACCCAAACCAUUAUCUUAACCAUCACACAAAAGAUGAUAUUACUCAACAGAAAAGAGAUUUGAACUAGGAUUAAAUUAAAAAAAAUGUAAAAGAGGUACAUUUUUUUGUAUUUUAUAACUUGGGUUUAAAGUGGCUAUUCUGACUAUGGUUAAUAGUAACUUCCAUCCCUCCUUUAACUAUACCAUUUAUCCUUUGAGGGUCCAAAGGGGGCUGGAGCCAAUCCCAGCUGACGCAGGAGGCGGGUACACCCUGAACAGGUCAUCAAUAAUGCAAACUUUGCAUAUCUAAACAUAGCUUUCCAUUUGCUUGAGCUGCACCAAAUGCUAGCUGGCAAACCAAACAGAUAGCUUGGUUCAAGGUUAUAUAUAAAUGAUAUUCACUGCAACUAGAUGUUGCACUUGAGUGGCAGCCUCUCAAACCAAGACAAAUGCUUUGCUGGCCACACCUCCAGCCUCCGAAUCCCAACAGCCACAACCCCAUCUCCAACAGCCCAACAUGACUCACCAUCCCUUACUGUGCACUUCUUUACCCGAUCUCCAAGACCAUGUCUUUUGAACAGAUUUAGCACGUACUGACUGCUAUACUGUCAUUUAAUGUUGUCUAUCAGUUGUAAGUGUCUGCCAAAUGAGUAAAUGUAACUAUUAGCCAACACUAACAACUUUAGAAUGGCCAACUUUAUGAGAAUAAAACCCAGGUUAAAUACAGUUGGGGUUUU